AACCUUCAAUAUGCAGAUCACCUCGUCCAAAAAAACGUGUUAAUUACGCUGAAAUAGAUAGUUCGGAUGAAGAGAGGGAAUCAAGGAAGAUAAGAAGAACAAAUAAUACCACUGAUUUGGAAUCGGCGGAAUCUCCAGUACCUAGAACCCCACCGCAAGCUCCGCGGGACUUAACGACAACUCCUAAUAAGUAUUCUGAAGAUAUAUCUAUAAUAUGCGCGUUUGAUAAAUCGGUCGCCGAGUUGACUUUAGAAAUCGGCGCGGAGCUUGCAAACAAACUUUAUUCUGUACGCAAUACUAACCCUCAAAUAUGGACGCCCGAUUUAGAAAAAUACAUUGACAAUGUCCUAAAAAAAUCCGGAAAACAAUUUAAAAAUGCAGCAUUGGUUGAUGUUCCGGACGACCUUUUCCGAUUGUACUGCGAGAAAGUUCUCCUAGAUUUCUACAAUCUAGUUGAUAUUAACCCCAAUAUGGACAGAAAGAUAGGCAAACAUAAAUACAUAACUUACCAAAUCUCGUCAAUUUAUAAAUUUUAUGAAAAAACAUUCCUUAACCUCGAUUUCGACUGGAUCGAGUCUCACGCCCGCUCUGCAAGAAUUAUAAAUUCGGAAAUUGUCAGGAUAGAUUCCAUAGCGACCAGACAUUACGAUGGAUUAGAUGUAUGGCACAUGGAGGUAGCUGGCGGACCAUGUAACGCGACAGACACAUACACCUUGGGCGAUACAAAAAAAACACUCCGUAUGGAUGUGUUAAAGUUGAUUGCUAUAUUGAGAAACCACUUGGAUUGUAAUGUGGAGCUCGCUACAAAGAUAAAGGUUUUUUGUACCCAGGUUAUCGGCACUCGGAUGACUCUGUAUGCACUUGGUAUGCUCCCAGAUGGAAGGUUUAUCUCUUCAGAACUUGCUACUGCAGUAGUCCCUUUUAGCUUCCAUGGCCGGAGUCAGUUCAAAGCUGUCUUCAGAAUGAUGGCUAUUUUUCAUGAUGAAUUAACGAAACAAGAAGAACUUAUGGGCGAGAUUGAUAGAAUUGUACUUCGAUCCAAAGGAACGACAGUUCGGCACGUAUUGAAAAUUCCGAGGAAUUAUUCGAGUGAGUUUAUGUAUUUAAGUUAG